CUCUGGAGGUGGCAGGGACGGGCGACGGAGCGGGGAGAAGCCGGACCGGAGGCAGGGGCAGGGAAAUAUGCUGCCGGGCUGAACUGCUGGAGCCGGCACGGAGCAGCGAAGGGAUGGAGGUGGAAGGUGUGACUGAUUUCAGAGCCCUCCGAGCAAAAUUUCAAAACGACUCCAACUUGGCCAACAAGCUGGUGCAGCCGCGCAAGAAGCCUCCCCCUGAAAUCCCUCCCAAGCUGGGCUCCGGAGGGAAUGCCGUGUCCAAGCCUCUGCCCCUGAGUAAGAAAGAAGUGGUAAUACUAAAAUCCAAGGAUGAACCUGCCCAUCCUGCCACCCAACCCUCCACACGCACCCAAUGCAACCCCUUGGCGUGGCCUCGAGCCCAGCUGGGUUAUGUGGAGCUGACGGAACACAACGAAGAGCACAAAGGCAACGUCUUGGAGAAAGGGCUGAGUUCUCCCAAGAACGGUCCAGAGAAGCCUCUGCCAUCCUAUUGCGCUGACUGGCAAGGAUCAGCCCAAACAUCUCCAGAGGGCCCUCCGCUCCCAAAUUCUUUCCACCACGCCCUACAGAUGUGGGAAAACGCUUUAUCCCGCGGCGAGAAAGCAAGUGCAAUGCUCCCAACCCAACGGGCAGCAAACUUAUACGUGCACCCCUGCCCGGAGCAGAGGGUGAUGCGUGCUCCUGCUGCGUUGGGCGGCAGAAGGAUGCGACCGUCUGGAAGCGAGCCCACGCUGGACUUGCCUGCCCAGAAGAAGGGUGGUCUGCGCGGCAGCGGGUCGGCUCUUUCCCAGGCUCCCAGGAGCUCUGAUGAAGCUGCUGCUGAGAGCGCGGCGGCAACUGUUUUCUGCCAGCCGGGUUAUCGUGCACCAGAAGAGCAACCUCAGCGCCAGAAAGAAUUGGAGCCUCCCUUCUGCCAGCCUGGAGCAGGAAAAUGCUCUCACAGCCCCAGGAGCAAGUGGCCAAGAAUUAAACCUCUCCCUUCAGUGGAAUCCCUGGGUCCUGCCCCUGGGAAGCCUGCGAGACCCCCGAAGUUUGAUCUCAGUGCUUUCCGAAGUGCCGUGCCUUUGGUCCACAGAGGAAAUGAAACAACUGCUGACGAAGAGGAUUACUUGACCCCCGAAAGUGCUGAACUUGAAGAGCAGCAUAAUUAUGAAGAAACCCCGAUGUACCUGAAUCAGUCUGGGGACACUACAACCUUGUCUGUCAUUGAAGUACCUAAGGCAAAGCCUCGAGAACACAAGAAACAGAAGACUUUUCUCGUUGCCAAAUCCAGUCCUGGAAGAGCUAUAAUAGAGGAUGAAAAAGAGGAAAACCCAAGUCUUGAAGGAGGGAAACAGGAGGAAAAGAAAAUUUUCAAGACAGGUGGAAAUGAAUACGUGUCUCCCACUAGUCAAACCGAGGAAGAUGGUAGACGUGGGAUGAAGGUGCCGCAAGCGAAGCAGGAUGUGACCGGUACCCAGACUGCAAAGCAUCCUACCCCACAAGGGCUGGCAAAAGACAGCGCGGAGCUCUGGCAGUAUGUGUAUGUUGGCACUCCAAAUCCAGGGGUAGAAAGAACAGCCUUGAACCUAAACACUUGGCAGUCUCUGCAGGCACCAGAGGAGAUAUACGAUGAUGUUGAAGAAAUGCAAGAUAGACUCAGCCACGCGUCAGAUGCCUCAGGUCCGUUUGCUUCAGCCAGCAUUUCAGGAAACAGCUAUGAAGAAACAUAUGAAGAUGUUGAGAUUGGGGGUGAUAAUCCAGCAAAAACAGAAACAGAAAAACAAAAGAGAUUUGGAAACUUGUUUAAGAUAGAAAAGUUGAAGCUGAAGAAUACCAGGUUCAAGGAAAACUUAAGAUUGUUUUCCAUUUCGGUACCAAAUUUAGCAGCUGUUUCCCAGGAGGACAUGGUGUACGACGAUGUCGAGGUGGGGCAGAGAGAGAUGAGAGAGAAGGACGACAAGUACAAAACCUGGAUGCCAAAAUUUCUGAUGGCAAAAGAGGAUAAGGACAAAAGAAAAAGCAGCAAUGAUGUGGAAAGAAAUAUCUUCAAAGUCAAGAAAAGUAAUCCGGAAAAAAGCAAGAAGAUGGAAAAAGAGGAGAAGUUUUUCAGAGAAACAUUUAUGUACAAUAAGGAGAUCAAUGUCAUCAACACAGCCAUUGCCGAGUGCUCGGUCCCCAGUAAGCGGAGAGUUGAUCUCCCGGUCACAGCUGGAGAACAGCUGGACGUUAUUGAUGUCACGGGGGGCAACGCAGUGAUUUGCCGCAAUUUGGAGGGCAGAUGUAAGUUUGCAGAAAGUCUCUGGCACGGGUGGUCACUUCGCAAUCCAGUUUUUGGGAGCAAGCAACAGUAUGUUCUUUGUGCUUAGCUGCUGUGCCUUUAUUUGCUCAGGAGUUUAUUAAUUUGCUUCUUUUUUUCCCCCUUCUCUCAGUUGGGUAUGUUCUAGUGGAGCAUUUGAACUUCAGGUAAAUUCAGAUUUUAUUUAUUAUGAUGCAUAUUUUCUUCUCCUUCCUGCGUAUAGAUAUUUGAGAUCUGGAGAAAUGUACUUAAACUUCUGAAGGCAGGGGAAGGUUAAUGUAAACAGCCAGUAUUAAAUAUUAAAUAAGUAUUUCCAGUUUUAGUCUGCUAUUCUGCUGUUAUACAGGUUUUCAGUCCAACUGCAGUUAAAAAAAGCCCCGACCAGUCAUGACUUGUAUAAAUUGGAGAUUCUUGACUUGCCUUCAGAUAUGCCGUAUUAAUUCACAUCUGCUGCAAACAUGGGCCACUCGGUGUGCAUCGCCUUGCCAAAACACACCCUUGAAUUCCCUGCUGCAAUAUCAUUUCCUUGCAUGCUCAUGCAUAAUUGAUACAAAUGAACCUCCUAUUGCCCAGGUGCCCAUUGCCGUGAAACUUUCUUUUUUUGAGACAGACAGUACUAACUGCCCCGAGAGCUGCUCUCCCCCCGGAGCAUCCCUGAACGUCUCUUUUGUGCUUCCCGCAUCCGUGAGAGCCCACGUCGGUCAACCGUGGAGUGAUGAUGCGAAUGUAAAUAAAGUUUUAUUUUUUACACUUA